GAGACCAAUAGAGCCACGACGAGAAUCAGAUGAUCAGAAUCUGGUUUUAGUCGAUUGGGUGUUUUCGUGCUGGAGAAGAGGUGAGAUUCUUCAAGUAAUUGAUCCAAAUUUGGGUACUGAUUACAUUGCAGAUGAAGUGAAGUUGGUGUUGCUUGGCUUGUUGUGCUCUCAAUCAGAGCCUGUAGCUAGGCCGAGUAUGAGGCAAAUUCUACAGUAUUUGGAGGCCUCCAUUCUUCUGCCUGACUUAUCAUCAUUAGGAAUUUCGGCCAUUGGCCUAACGUUUGCAAAUCGUCAGAGCUUUGUGUUGGGAAAAUAG